UAUGUUGAUGUAUGAUUUAUUGUUUUGUCCUUCUCAGGACUCUCUUGCUGUGGACACUCACUACCACGAGAGAAACUUGUUUUCCACGAUAAACAACCUGUUUAGUGCAGGCACAGACACCACAGCAAGCACACUCAGAUGGGCUUUGCUGCUCAUGGCCAAAUAUCCACAUAUACAAGAUCAGGUCCAGGAGGAGUUGAGUACGGUGGUAGGAAACCGCCAGGUCCAGAUAGACGAUCGCAAGAACCUGCCCUACACUGAUGCUGUCAUCCAUGAGACACAGAGACUGGCCAACGUUGUCCCCAUGGCCCUUCCUCACAAAACCAGCCGUGACAUCACCUUCCAGGGCUACUUUAUCAAACAGGGAACGAUCGUGUUUCCUCUUCUUACUUCUGUGCUGUAUGAUGAGAGUGAAUGGGAGAGCCCACACACUUUCAACCCAUCCCACUUUCUAGACAAGGAGGGUAAAUUCAUCAGGAGAGACGCCUUCUUACCCUUCUCUGCAGGUCGCAGGGCGUGUCUUGGAGAGAGUCUGGCAAAGAUGGAGCUCUUCCUCUUCUUCACCACUCUCCUCCAGCGCUUCCGCUUCACUCCUGCACCUGGAGUUGCGGAGGACGACCUGGAUCUCACACCAUCUGUGGGCUUCACCCUCACCCCGUCACCUCAUGAGCUGUGUGCUGUCAGUCGCCUGUGAGGAAGAGCAUUGCAUUUCAACUAUACCUUUGUCAAGGGCGUGGAUAUUGUUCUACAUACUAUUUACUCGCUCUUACAUUCUCCAGACCAAAGAGGUGAACUAAAGCAGAUACCCUCAGGAGACAGUAAACUCGACAUGGUGGUGGGAAAAUGAAAAAGACACUCUU